AGCAGCAGCAGCAGCUGAAUGAAGUCGACGGGAGGAAGUGGCGGUUAAUGCAGUUCCACACCUUUCCGGUGUAGCAGCGAGCUCUGCGACCAGCUCGACUUAAAGGAGAAAGACGAGAGCUGGGUGUAUUUAUCGAGACAGGAGGGGGAGAUAGGAGGGGGACAAGAAGUGGAGUUUCAUGAGUGGAUGCAUGUGUUGCUGAGUCACCGAGGGGGUUUUUUUACGAAGAAGUUCCUUUCAGCACGGUGAAGCUACCCGGCUCGACGCUUGAUGGACUAGCCGCAGAAAGCUGAUUUUCUCCUCCGGUAUCCGUGAAGAGAACAAGGGCGCACCCGAUGAGGAGGACCGCCAGACACAAACGCCAGAAGGAAUUCACAAGUACCGCAGCUCUCUCGGGGCCUUAUGUACACUCCGCGUUUGAUCUCUGCAGUGUUUAAUCGCCACGGCCUGUCCGACACGCAGCUUAAUGUUGAUUUGGGCAACAAAAUGAACGUCCUGCAACAGCUGCUGCCAAGUUCUUAGUGUAACCGUGCCAUGUUGUGUACAGGCCCUGCAGACAUUGUGAUACUCUGAAGAUAGAUGUCCCAGCACUUAACAGGACGCACAGACUUACAAGGAAAAAGUCCAAACGUACUGUGUGUUAGGUUUUAACAUGAGAGUGCAUUUUUGACUACUCCCCCCCUCCACAUAUGCUCUUUACUGAGUCAUGUUUUCACAAGUAAGCCCGUAAACUGAAGAUAUAGUCACAGUGAAUAAUCAUCAGCACAGUAUCGGACAUUCUUUUUUCGUUAGGAACAAAGUAUUUAUGCACAAGAGUUCAAAAUGGGGAAAGUGCUAUCAAAAAUAUUUGGCAACAAGGAGAUGAGAAUAUUGAUGCUCGGACUCGAUGCUGCUGGAAAGACAACAAUCCUUUACAAACUGAAACUCGGACAGUCUGUCACCACAAUCCCCACGGUCGGCUUCAACGUGGAGACUGUCACCUACAAAAAUGUCAAGUUCAACGUCUGGGAUGUUGGAGGCCAAGACAAGAUCCGUCCUCUGUGGCGACACUACUACACGGGCACCCAGGGGUUAAUUUUCGUGGUGGAUUGCGCGGACAGGGAUCGCAUCGACGAAGCGAGGCAGGAACUUCACCGCAUCAUCAAUGACCGGGAGAUGAGGGAUGCCAUCAUCUUGAUAUUCGCCAAUAAGCAAGACCUUCCGGACGCCAUGAAGCCGCAUGAAAUCCAAGAGAAGCUCGGAUUGACCCGCAUCAGAGAUAGGAAUUGGUAUGUUCAGCCCUCCUGUGCGACCACAGGUGAUGGACUGUAUGAGGGCUUGACAUGGCUAACCUCAAAUUACAAAUCUUAAUGAUUGAGUGCAGACUGUUUUAGGUCGAAACUAUAAUAACGUUGCAAGUAACAAAUAACUUCUCAAAAUGAGUAUGGUUAAGGAAAAAGUUGAUUAUCUCCCGUUUAUUUUUAAUACUACGUUUACCCCAUGACUAAUUCAUCUUAAACUGGGUUUGCUGGCUUAAAGUUUGCUUGUACUCUGUAGCAGGCCUUUAUCACAUUCAUUAUUUUUGGGGGCGUGCUUGAUGAAUAUUGAAUUAAUUGGUCCUAAUGUUAAAGCCACAGAGAUCACCAUCUUUGCCUAUUCUUUUCCCUAUUUUAUAUUAUUUUUCUAAUGAAGCUGAAGUUUUUAAUCUUCAUUCUUGGACUCACGCUUGUUUUCGAGGUUCUUCACUCUCUGUUGCAUUGGAUCUUUUUUUUUUUUUCCUUCGAAGGUGAGAUCUUUAAUUUCAUGUAGCCUACGUGAAGGACUUUGGCAUUUGCUUCAACACAGUACUGUGAUGAAAAGUAUCUCUCCUCGAUGGUAUUGACUGAAAACUUUCAGCAUUGCUUACAUUUCAUUGUCAUCAGUCUUGGCAUCAGAGAAAAAAAAUGACUUCAGACAUGUUUUGUUUCCCCUCCCUAUCCCCCUAUGUGGGCUAUAUAGUUUACUGAUUGACCUUUUGUGUCACGUCUUGAUACCUAAUUGUGCUGAAUAUACAACAGAUAGGCCUCCAGUAACUCUUAAACAUGCUUGUCGGGAUGCAUCUUUAAUUUUGGGUAACAUGUAGUCAGUCGACUCAAUCUUUCCAAAGGAAUGUCAUUCAGCUCUGAGCUCUCUCAAUCUGAUACCACAGUUGAUUAGUCUCAGUAUUGGGACAUUAUAUGAUAGCCUAUAUCUGUAGCAUGAGUACGGAAGUACAGUAACCCUACAUCAGAGUCCAUCUGUCGUGCAGUCAGAGGGAGCUGUUUACCGGUGAAAUGUUGAAGACACCCUGUGGUGCAGCUCUUACUCCUAUUUUGACUGGGGGAACCAUGUACAGAACAAUGUCAUUGUAAUGUCUUAUUAAAAAAGUGAUUUUAAA